AUGCCAUCGCCAUAUGUGAUCUCCUUGAUCACGCUCCUCUAUCUAUGCUUGAGUCCGGCCACCAUUGCCCAAGACUCGCAGUUUGCGGAACGCAAUCAUAAGAAACGUCAAAUCUAUCGCGAGCAAGUUCUGCCACAUGCGGGUGGCAAGGUGCCCGAAACCGCCUUCGAAACGGAUCGCCUCUUUCUGAAUCGGCUUCAGAAGGAGGGCAUAGCGGUGCCCGACGGCAUUGUGCCCGAGCAGCGCAGUCCGCAGGUCUAUCAAUAUUACAACAAACCCACGCGUACCGUCUUUCACAUCGCCCUCAGCUCCGAUGGAAGGUACACGCCCCGUGAAGGUCGCUAUCACUACCGCAAUGUACCCACCGUGGAGACCACCUAUCUGUAUCCCCAGGCAGUGGGUCGCCAGCACGUGCUGGUGCCCCCAAAGCACGCUCUGCCCGUCUACAGGCAGCUCCAGCUGCACAAUCCAUUGCUCAAUCAAGUGAGAUUGCAGCCCAAGAAAAUGCCCAAUUUUCUUGACCUGGCCCCCACCGUGGGCAAGAGCCACUCAUCGUCAGCAGCCGGAUCGGCCAAGGCGCAGUCUUAUCAGAAUGUGAAUCUCCUGCAUGGUCACAGUCCGGUGCUGCCCCCCUUCAAGAAGACCGUCCGUGGAAGCAAGACCUACGUGGACAGCUAUGGUACAACUCAUCUCUUCAGCGAGUUUGACGAUCUGUUGAACAAAUUGGACUUGCAUCAGACGGCGCACAAGAUUUAUUAG